AUGUCGACCAAGGUGCGUCUUCGCCGACCCAUGCCGCCUGAGCAGAACGAGCCGCGAAAGAGUGCACGCAUUGUUUCAAAGGUUCAUACAGAGCCUAUUGUGCCCAACUCUGAAGAUGUGGCAGAGAUGGGCCGAACGAUGCUCGACCGCCUCUGCACGGUGCGUGACGCGCGUGAUGACGAGCUGCUUUGUGAGCCAUUUUUGAAGUUACCGAGCCGGAAGCAGUAUCCCGAGUACUAUGUUGUCAUUCGCCGUCCUAUUUCGUUUGCUGAAAUACGCUUAAAACUCAAGCAGAAAGAGUAUGGCACGUUCCUGGAGCUCAAGCAGGAUCUGGAGCUCAUGUGCAACAAUGCCAAACGAUUCAAUAUGAGUGAGAGUGAUAUAUAUCUCAAGGCACGAGACCUGCAUGGUCUUAUUAAGGAUAUAAGUGCGACGGUGUUCGAAGAGUGGCAAGCCCAAGCAACCGCACCCGCGUCGCCCAACGAUGAAGCAACGCCUGUGCGUCCUCACAAAAUUACACUCCGUCGACCUGUGGAAAAGGCGCAGUUGCAGGAAUCUCCACCAUCCAUACCCACUACGCCAACGCCAGCAUCUGCCCCGUCGGUGCCUGUGACGCCUUCGCCCCUUCGGGUGCCCAUCAUGCCUGUCUCUACAACUGCCGCAUCGUACGUUAUCGAGCCGCGCCGCCGAGGAGCCCCGCGAGGGAAGCGACUCAAGGUCAUGCUGCGCUGGGCCGUGCAAAACAUGAUGGCUGCACAGGAUAUGGAUGGGCACACGUACUCAGACAUGUUUUUAGAGCUACCGUCGCGGGACGAGUACCCUGACUAUUACCAAUUUAUCCAACGGCCCAUUUGUUUCCGCGAUAUUGAACGCAAACUCGAUAUGAAAGAGUACAUUAACCCACACGCACUUGUAUCGGAUAUUCGGCUUAUGCUCAGUAAUGCCCAGUUCUACAAUGAGGAGAAAUCGCAGGUUUGGAAUGACGCACAGGCGCUAUGGCGCCAUUUGGACCGUGUUUUGGUCCCGGCCCUCUUGGCCGAGGGCUUUACGCUGGAUCCCAAUGACCAUCGGCAAGCGGCGGUUCCGCCCGGUAAGCCUGGCUAUGUUCCACCGCCCACGCCGACAACGUCCUCUCCUAGCACGCAGCCUGCUCAGCCGCCUAUGGUCCGACCAGCGCCGUCUGCACCGACAGCGGCAUCACCUGCAGUAUCAGCACCAUCGACAACUUCAGCACCAGUCACCCCGGCCACACCAGCCGGGUCGGUAGUACCUGUGGUGCCCCCUGCGCCAUCCGUGACGGCUGUGCCUGCACCAGCAGUGCCUGCGAAUGUCUCACUCGAACGCGUGUGGGAAGAUUUGCAGGCCAAGGUAUGGCCGCGACAUCCUGCGACAUUCUCCGUCGCGCCCACAUGCGCGGCAGAGAGCAGAGACGCUCAACCGUGCCCCUGGACGGCGCUGCACGUUACAACCAGUGCCGAUGCACAUAUAUCAGUGCGCCUGGAAGCGUCGCAGCAUCAUAUCUUGACUCUGCCGCGCGGGACGCAUGCGACUAGUUGGCAUUGGGAUGGCAUGACUUCUGAGGAGGAAGCGGCUCGUAUCCUUGUGCGGAACGAGCCUGUGCCAAUCACACGUGAGGGCCCAGCCCUUACUCACAUCACCCACGUUGACCACGGAGAGGUACAGGCACAGCAGGCUCACGGUGCGGCCGUGCACGUAUAUAUGCAUACUGUGUAG